CAAACCAAGAAGAAGUUAGAAAAAAAAAUAACAAUAACAACAACAACAAAAAUUGUCAGCGAUAAACAUUCUCUUUCCCUCCCUUACAUUUCCCCCCAAUUUCCCCUCUCCCCUUCUCGCAUCAUCAUCAUCAUAAGCUUUUUCUUCGUCGUCAUCUUCAUGGCAGAACUCAUAGAAAGCUACGCAUCUUCCCCAUCGACAGAGCGCGGGCGCGGAAUUCUAAUAUCCGGCGAUGCAAAAUCCAACAGCAUUCUCUACACCAAUGGCCGCUCCGUCAUUAUCAGGUACCUUGACAAGCCCCUCAAAGUCGACGUCUACGGCGAGCACGGCUACCCUGUCACAAUCGCUCGCUAUUCCCCCAACGGGGAGUGGAUCGCAUCCGCCGACACCUCCGGAACCGUCCGGAUUUGGGGCGUCCACAACGGCUUCGUCCUCCACAACGAAUUUCGGGUCCUCUCUGGCCGAAUCGACGAUCUGCAAUGGUCUCCCGAUCAGCUGAGGAUCGUUGUCUCCGGCGACGGCAAGGGUAAAUCUUUUGUACGUGCUUUCGUGUGGGAUUCGGGAAGCACCGUGGGGGAAUUCGAUGGACAUUCAAAACGGGUGUUGAGUUGUGCGUUCAAGCCCACUCGACCGUUCCGUAUAGUUAGUUGUGGAGAGGAUUUUGUAGUGAAUUUCUAUGAAGGCCCUCCGUUUAAGUUCAUGCUCUCUCACAGGCAGCACUCCAACUUUGUGAAUUGUGUUAGAUUUUCACCAGAUGGCAGCAAGUGCAUUACUGUGAGCUCUGACAAGAAAGGGUUAGUCUACAAUGGCAAGACUGGUGAAAUCAUUGGAGAGUUGUCCCAUGAAAAUGCUCAUACAGGUAGCAUAUACGCCGUUAGCUGGAGCCCAGAUAGUAAGCGGGUGCUAACAGCUUCGGCCGAUAAGUCUGCCAAAGUAUGGGAGAUUUCCGAGGAUGGGACUGGGACCGUGGUAAAGACAUUGACGUGUCCUGGUUCUGGUGGAGUUGAGGAUAUGUUGGUUGGAUGCCUUUGGCUCAAUGAUCAUAUCAUUGUUGUUUCACUUUCUGGAGCGAUUAACUUGUUCUCUGCAAGUGAUCUUGAUAAAGCUCCAGUGUUGUUGUCAGGACACAUGAAGAAUGUCACAGCAUUGACACUGCUCGAAAAUGAACAGAAGACGAUUUUGACAAGCAGCUACGAUGGCCAACUCAUCAAAUGGAUACAGGGAAUUGGUUAUGCUUGUAGAUUACAGAGGGGGAGCAAUUCCCAGAUUAAGUGUUUGGCAGCUGCUAAAGAUGAGAUCAUGACAUCCGGAUUCGACAACAAGGUGCAUAGAAUGGCUCUACAAGGGGAUGAAUGUGGGGCAGUGGAGGCGGUUGAUGUUGGUAGCCAGCCCUUGGGCUUAUGUCUCGCCAUGAACUCACCAGGGUUGGCUUUGGUAUCAACUGAAGCAGCAGCUAUUUUGCUCAAUGGCCUGAAAGUCGUGUCGACCACUAAGCUCAACUUUGCAGCCACAGUGUGUGCAAUAACACCCGACGGAAGCGAAGCCAUCAUUGGUGGAAAUGAUGGGAAGUUGCACGUCUACUCUGUCUCGGGUGAUAGCCUGACUGAAGAAGCCGUCCUUGAGAAACAUAGAGGUGCAGUCAAUGUAAUCCGCUAUUCUCCUGAUUUGUCCAUGUUUGCUUCGGCCGAUUUGAACCGUGAAGCCGUUGUGUGGGACCGCUCUUCUAGAGAGGUUAAGCUGAAUAACAUGUUGUACCACACUGCACGGAUCAACUGCCUUGCAUGGUCUCCUAAUAGCACAUUUGUGGCAACUGGGUCUCUGGACACAUGUGUGAUCAUUUACGAAAUCGGGCAGCCGGUUUCGAACCGUAUAACCAUAAAAUUGGCUCAUCUAGGCGGAGUAUAUGGAUUGGCAUUUACUGACGAUUGCACCGUGGUCAGCUCAGGGGAGGAUGCUUUUGUUCGUGUCUGGAGGCUCCCAUCGCAAUAGUAACAAUAAUGAAUAUAUAUAUUUAUAGGAGCUGCUCUCUUUCUGACUUCUGUUUCUUGUUUGAUGUUAGAGAUGAACAGCUUGAGAAUGGCAAAUAAAACGAUAGGUAUAUGAGAUGCAAAUGUGUGCUGCUAUGGUUGGAGAUGGGGGUCAAGUUUUGAUCGAUAUUCAUGCAGAGCAAGUUAAUAUUCACAAAUCACAAGAGUGUUUUUUUUUUUUUGCCAAAUAUUAUCCACAAGAGUGUUGUUUCCCCAUCUUUGAUUAAGGGGUCGUUUGGAAGUUGCGAUUGUUAAAUAGAUGUAUUGUUGAGAAUGCAUGUAUAAUAUUAUAGAAACAAUCCAUGUAUUGUUUCUGCUAAAAAAACAAAAAAA